AUAUCCUUUCACUUUGUACUCACACUUACUUCAGUUAAUGCUCUGUAAUGGAAUAAAUUUAUCGACUGAGCGAUCUAAAGGAAUGACAAAGUUUCUAAAACUUCUAUAGAUUUUUCAAAAUGGUUUUAAUUUGAAAACUUCUGAGGGGUCUUUGAUUUGAAAAUGUUAAUUUCUCGAUCAAGACGCAGGGUGGCGCUGCAGGCUAAGAUUGUGAACCCAAGACAGAGCCCCCGGAAGUUCUCAUAUUCUUUUGUAUUGGGAGACGUAAUAAACACCGCACAAGAAGCUUUGCAAGCCAUUCAGGAUUACCAAUGGUUGAAGGAAAUGAUAUACUAAUUUUUUUUUAAUUUAAAAUCAAUCUUGUGGCGAUUCCUACAAGCAAGAAAUUAGAAUUUGAUGUUUCAAGCUUUUUUUUUUUUGCACGGGGGAAAUCGCUGAAAAAAUUGGAUACAAAGACCCGGAUUUGAGGAUGGAGAAGCUAAACGGAAUUCAUCCAAACAAGCAAGUAAUGUCUUUUACUUUCAUGAUGUUUUUAUCUCGGGUUUGGUCGGAGCCUAUUCAUUAUUCUGUGUCAGAGGAAACUGAGGGUGGUGCCUUUGUAGCCCAUCUGACCAAGGAUCUGGGCCUGGGAACUGGGGAACUGGCUGCCCGGUCGGCCCAGGUGGUCUUUGACGAUGAUAAGCAGUAUUUGUUGCUGGAUCCUCAGACUGGAGAUUUGUUUCUGAGGGAGAAACUAGACCGAGAGGAACUAUGUGGUCCUGCUGAUCCGUGUGUGCUGCAUUUUCAAGUGUUCCUUGAAAUGCCAGUGCAGUUUUUUCAAGGAGAGUUAUGGGUUCAGGACAUUAAUGACCAUUCUCCAAUGUUCCCUGCUGAGGAAGUGCUCUUGAAAAUACCUGAAAACAGCCAGCCAGGGACUGUAUUUCCCCUGAAAUUAGCCGAAGAUUUGGAUGUGGGCAGCAAUGGGCUUCAAAAAUAUACUAUCAGCCCUAAUUCUCAUUUUCACGUUCUCACUCGAAAUCAUAGUGAGGGCAAGAAAUUCCCAGACUUGGUGCAGGACAAGCCACUGGAUCGGGAGGAGCAGGCUGAGUACAGCUUAACCCUCACGGCUCUGGAUGGUGGGUCUCCACCUAGGUCUGGCACUGUCAGGGUUCAAAUCCUGAUCAUGGAUGUCAAUGACAAUGCUCCUGAGUUUGUGCACACCCCAUAUAAGGUGCAGGUCCUGGAGAACUGCUCCUUAAAUUCCCCAAUCUUUAGUGUCUUAGCUAGAGAUAUGGAUGCUGGAAAUUUUGGAAGUGUUUCCUAUGGCUUGUUCCAACCAUCAGAUGAAAUUGAACAAACUUUCUCCAUGAAUGCAGUCACGGGAGAAAUCCAACUGCAAAAGAAACUGGAUUUUGAAAAAAUUAAGUCUUACCAUGUGGAAAUUGAGGCCACAGAUGGAGGAGGCCUCUCUGGAAAAGGAACAGUAGUCAUAGAGGUGGUGGACGUGAAUGACAAUGCCCCCGAGCUCACCAUAACUUCACUCAGCAGCUCCAUUCCAGAAAAUGCUUCUGAGACUAUCGUCUCUAUCUUCAAAAUUCGAGAUAGAGACUCUGGAGACAAUGGAAAGACGACUUGCUCUAUUCCAGACAACCUUCCAUUCAUUCUGAAACAGACUUUCAAGAAUUUUUACACUCUGGUGACAGAAGGACCACUAGACAGAGAGACUAGGGCAGAGUACAACAUCACCAUCACCGUCACCGACUUGGGCACACCCAGGCUCAAAACCCAAUACACCUACUACUUUUAG